AACUGGAGUGAGGUCGUUGGAGAGAUGAUUUGAUUGCCUAUUGAUGUUGCUGAUUGACAGUCACCACUUCGUCAUAGGCCCCUAUUUAUGACACAAGAGUACUCUUUGCUCUUUGUAGCAACCCGCGACGACCAGAUCUCGAUUUGAAUCCCUUGAUAGAGUUAAAUUUCUUACAGAACUCAAGUUCUUGCCUUAGUUGAAUGUAAGGAAUCCAUUCUUUCGAAUUUAGAAGACACCAAAAAUACUGAUCGAAAUGCCUUCAACUGGCAGUACCGCGCAAAUCUCCAAAACCAAGAUCGAGCCGCUCGAGUCCGAGGUCAAGCAUAACAGGCCCUGCGACAGUUCGGAUCGCGGCUCAGCUGGUUCGAACCGCGCUAUCGACCAGACACGGAUCGAACCGCUUGGAGGCAAGGGUCAACAUCAACAUACGGCACCACAUGCUGACAGUCAUGGGGUGGUCGGUACGGCCGAGGAUAUCGGCAAAGUUAAGAUUCUGCCGCUAGAGAAUACUUCGCACGAGGCUCAGAAUCCGAGGACGGGUUUAGAUGACGAAGCGGUUGAUGCCGCGAGAAUCAACCCUGUUGGUAGUGUAAGGGACUAAUAAUUAAGCUCAUUAGGUAUUAAUUGUUUCGUGGAAACAUGGAAAAAGGGAA